CUCUGUUUGCGCUAGUCUCCAAGACUAGCUUUUUUCACUCAGGCUUAGGCCUUUUGUUCUACCAUUUUUAGGCAUUGAGCCCCUGCGUAGUCGACCAAAGGUGGUUUGAAGCCUUAGAGCGACCAAUAAUGUGUGCGGACUAUUUCGCCUCAUUACUGCAUCUCAAACGGAAAGUAUUAUUCAGCACUCCCAUGGUUGCGUAUUGGACUGUAUGGUUAGUCGGAGAUGUUUGGAGUUCUUCCUCUAUAUUAGACGGUGUGAUGGCCGCAAGCUGUGACAAUGAGAAUGGUCACUCAUUGUUCAGAUGGGUACAACGGUGGUAGAUCGAUGGCUGGUGAGUAAA